AUGCUCUCCCACUUAUUUGCAACUUCCCCAAUCCCUUCGUCUCCCACCCCAACUCAACAAACCCUUCCCCCUCCCACGUCGCCUCUCGUCUCUCGUUGCCUCUCCCACCCACCUCGCCAUCAGCGUUCCCUCUCGCCUAGCCGUUCGCCUCUUCUUGCCAUCCCGACGUCGGCUCUCCCUCUCUACGCCACCAUCGCCUCUCCCUCCUGUCCUGCCGUCGCCUCUUCCUCUCACCACAUGGUCGCCUCCCUCCCAUCCCCUCGUCGCCUCUCCCUCGUUCGCCGUCGCCUCUCCCUCUUACCCACCGCCGCCUCUCCUUCACAUCCCGCCGUCGCCUCCCCCUCACAUCCCGCCGUCGCCUCCCCCUCACAUCCCGCCAUCGCCUCCCUCCCCCAUAUCCCGCCGUCGCCUCCCCCCUUGCAUCCCACCGUCGCCUCCCCCUCACAUCGCGCCGUCGCCUCCCCCAUCCCAAAAUUGUUUUCGAGGGGGUUAUGGUAG